UAUAAUUUCUUAUUGUAUGCUAAGACCUAACCCCUUACAGCAGCAUGAGUUGCGGGCCGCCGUGUCCACCGUGCUCGCCGCCACCGCCGCCCCCCUGCCCGCAGGUGUGCACCCCCCCGCCGCCCUGCCCCCCCUGCCGCGCCAAACCCAUCAUGCGGGGGCUCCACUGGUCUCAAACCAAGAGCGUCCUCGCUCAGGCCCUGACAAUAUCAGCCAUCGCAGGCACCUGCGUUUACCUCUUCAUCGGAAGACCGCGGAUGGCUCGUUACAAAGAGUUUUAUGCAAAAGGGGAAUUUGAAGACUGGGCUGAUGAAAUGGCCAGAAAGGGACUGUUCCAAUCUGUUCCAAAAGAAUCUUUAAGAGAUUUCUAA